GGUACCGGAGAAGUCCACUGGUGGUGAACUUUAUGUUCCCGGCAAGGACAGAGUGGUGUACGUGCCUCAAGAAAGAAAAUCUCGUUUAGGACUAGAUGCCCUUGCGAUUGCAAAACGUGAAGGAUCUCAAAAUGAUGGAGUGUUCAAGGUCCCGAAACCAAGGUCCAUUUCUAUUGCAGCAUCUGCAAAAUCUGAGUCUACUGUCAUUGAGGAUGAAAGCGGGCUUGGUGGAACUGGUAGUAAAGACAGACGACCUAAUAUGAGAUACCGGAAAUAAACCAAUGAAUCAUCACAAGCAGGUCCCUGCUUCACCUUCUGGAUAUGAAAGGGAGAAUUAUAGGAAUGAGAGGAGGCAUCACAGAGAUCAGUCAAGAAGUGGUAGCAGAAGACUGCAACAUGUAGACAAUUUUGAAAGUAAGGAGCCUUAUUUUGAGAGGGAUUCACGUAGUAGGUAUGGCCAUGAAUACAACAGAAAAAGUGAGCAUUAUUUUGAGAGGGAUUCAUGUAGUAGAUAUGACCAUGAAUAUGGUAGAAAGCGAAGCAGAUAUGAGGGUUCCAGGCGAACACCUGGCAGGCCUGACUGGGAUGAUGAGCAAUGGGAAUGGGAGGAUACUCCUCGAAGGGACAGUGUCUCUAGUUCUAGACAUCAUCAACCUUCACCAUCCCCUAUGUUUCUUGGUGUCUCACCUGAUGCACGAUUGGUUUCUCCAUGGUCAGGAGGCAAUACUCCUUAUUCUUCUUCUCCAUGGAACCAUGUGUCUCCAUCUCCUAUUCCAAUUCGUGCUUCUGGAUCUUCAGUCAAAUCUUCUACUUCUAGAUAUAGUGGAAGGUCCCAUCAACUUACUUUUUCUUCGAGAGCUUCAAGUUCGUAUGAGGAUGAAGUGACUGAUAAGUCCGAGUAUGAGAUUACUGAAAGCAUGCGCGCAGAGAUGGAAUAUGAUGCUGACCGGGCAUGGUAUGACAGAGAGGAAGGUAGCACAAUGUUUGAUGGAGGAGAUAACUCAUCCCUUUUUCUUGGAGAUGAGGCUACCUUUCAAAAAAAAGAGGCUGAGCUUGCCAAAAGACUGACUAGAAGAGAUGAGACCAAGAUGUCCCUUGCUCAGAGCAAGAAAUUGUCUCAGCUCACAGCUGAUAAUGCUCAAUGGGAGGACAGACAACUGCUGAGAUCAGGAGCCGUUAGAGGUACAGAGGUUCAGACUGAGUUUGAUGAUGAGGAAGAACGCAAAGUUAUUCUUCUGGUGCAUGAUACAAAACCUCCAUUCCUUGAUGGCAGAGUUGUUUUUACUAAGCAGGCAGAGCCAAUUAUGCCAAUAAAAGAUCCAACAUCUGACAUGGCUAUAAUUUCUGGUAAAGGAUCUACUAUGGUCAGAGAAAUAUGUGAGAAACAGAGUUCAAAUAAGUCUCGCCCGUUUUGGGAGCUUGCAGGCUCAAAACUUGGCGAUAUCUUAGGUGUUGAAAAGACAGCAGAACAGAUUGAUGCAGACACUGCUACAGUGGGUGAAGAGGGUGAAAUAAAUUUUAAGGAAGAAGCUAAGUUUUCACAGCAUUUGAAAAAGGAAGAGGCUGUGAGUGAUUUUGCCAAGUCAAAGAAUGUUGCAGAGCAAAGGCAAUAUCUGCCCAUUUUUUCAGUGCGAGAUGACCUAUUACAGGUAAUUCGAGAAAAUCAGAUUGUGGUAGUGGUUGGAGAAACUGGCUCAGGAAAGACAACCCAAUUGACAUAGUAUCUGCAUGAGGAUGGCUACACUAUAAAAGGUAUAGUAGGUUGCACCCAACCCAGGCGUGUGGCAGCUAUGAGCGUGGCCAAGAGAGUCAGUGAGGAGAUGGAGACAGAGCUGGGUGAGAAGGUUGGCUAUGCUAUACGGUUUGAGAAUGUGACCGGGCCAAAUACCAUUAUAAAGUACAUGACAGAUGGGGUUCUUCUACGAGAAACACUCAAAGACUCUGAUCUAGACAAGUAUCGGGUUAUUGUCAUGGAUGAAGCCCAUGAAAGAUCAUUAAACACGGAUGUUCUUUUUGGAAUAUUGAAGAAAGUUGUAGCUCGGCGUCGUGAUUUUAAGUUGAUUGUCACAUCAGCAACUCUGAAUGCACAGAAAUUUUCACAUUUCUUCGCAAGUGUGCCAAUUUAUCAUAUUCCUGGGAGAACCCAGAGAGCUGAAGAUGGAGCCCGAAAAUGCAUCGUUGCCACUAACAUCGCUGAGACAUCAUUGACUGUGGAUGGUAUCUUAUAUGUCAUAGACACAGGUUAUGGUAAAAUGAAGGUGUAUAACCCAAGGAUGGGAAUGGACACUCUCCAAGUCUUCCCCGUCAGCCGUGCUGCUGCUGAUCAGCGUGCUGGUCGAGCUGGUAGAACUGGGCCUGGUACAUGUUGUCGACUGUACACAGAGAGUGCUUACCUAAAUGAAAUGUUGCCCAGCCCUGUCCCUGAGAUUCAAAGGACUAACCUCGGCAUUGUGGUCUUGUUGCUGAAAUCUCUUAAAGUUGAUAAUUUACUUGAUUUUGAUUUCAUGGACCCACCUCCGCAAGAUAAUAUUCUCAAUUCUAUGUACCAGUUGUGGGUAUUGGGUGCCCUUAACAAUGUGGGUGCCUUAACAGAUCUUGGCUGGAAAAUGGUUGAGUUUCCACUGGACCCUCCACUUGCCAAGAUGCUUUUGAUGGGUGAACAGCUAGGGUGCCUUAAGGAGGUUCUGACGAUUGUUUCCAUGCUUUCAGUACCGUCAGUUUUCUUUAGACCCAAGGACCGAGCAGAGGAGAGUGAUGCUGCACGCGAAAGAUUUUUUGUGCCAGAAUCUGAUCACUUAACCCUGUACAAUGUCUAUCAGCAAUGGAAACAGCAUGAUUACAGAGGUGACUGGUGUAAUGAUCAUUUUUUGCAUGUUAAAGGUCUAAGAAAGGCCAGAGAGGUGAGAUCCCAGCUGCUUGAUAUUGUCAAGACACUGAAGAUCUCUCUAACCACCUGUUGGCCUGAUACAGACAUAGUCAGAAAAGCAAUUUGCUCAGCAUACUUCCACAAUGCAGCAAGAUUAAAGGGUGUUGGAGAGUAUGUCAACUGCCGGACUGGGAUGCCGUGUCAUCUACACCCCAGUAGCGCACUCUAUGGCAUGGGUGCAACUCCGGAGUAUGUGGUUUAUCACGAGUUAAUCCUAACCACGAAGGAGUAUAUGCAAUGUGCUACAGCCGUGGAGCCCCAGUGGUUGGCUGAGCUUGGACCCAUGUUUUUCUCUGUUAAGGAGUCUGAUAAGAAGAAACAGAAACAAGAGAAGACGGCCAUGGAGGAGGAGAUGGAGAAUUUAAAGAAGAUGCAAGCAGAGGUUGAGAGAAAACAGAAGCAGGAGGAGAAAGAAAAGUUGGCUAAGCAGCAACAGCAAGUCUCCAUGCCAGGUUUGAAAAAGGGGUCUUCCACAUAUUUGAGACCAAAGAAACUUGAUUUGUAAAUAGGAAACUUCUAUGAUGCUGAUAGCAAAAACAAACAUGUGAUGAUG